AUGUUACUUCGUAUUUUAUUUCUUGUGUUUAUUUCAAUUGGUGGGACACAAGCAAGAUCAUGGAACAAGAAAGCUAAGCAUUCGCUUAAAACCAUUCAGACAAUAACUGGAGAUCUAUUUGACUGUGUUGAUAUGUACAAGCAACCAGCAUUUGACCACCCGCUGUUGAAAAAUCACACUCUUCAGUUAAAACCAAGUAAUCUUCCAAAAGGAAUGAAACUUACAAAAUCUGAACCAGCUUCUUUUUAUGGAUUCAAUGAUACUUGUCCUUUUGGCACUGUUCUUAUCCACCGUGCUCAAAAACAAGAUUUAAUUGACUCUCAGCUCUUGAAAAACCAAUUUAGAACACAAGCCAUAGAUAACCACAUAAUGGUGGAGGGAAGGCAUUAUGCAAUUAUGCAAGCUCUGAGCGGUCCAUUUUAUGGAGCGUACGCCAAAAUGACAACUCAUAAACUUCCAGAUCUACAACCUGAUCAAUCAUCAUCCAGCGCUAUAUAUCUUUAUGGUGAUACAGAUGUUCCAGGCAAUGAAGUCAAUGUGAUCCAAGUGGGUUGGCAUGUUUUACCCGCCUUGUACAAUUCUAGUUAUCCUCGAUUUUUUACUUUUUGGACAAGUGAUGGGUAUGGGGAAAAAGGAUGCUUGAAUUUGGAAUGCGCUGGUUUUGUUAGCACCACUAAUAUUUAUGGACCUGGAAGUUUUAUUUCUCAAUUUUCCACAUAUGGCGGUGAACAAAAAUAUCUACCCAUAUUAAUUGCUAGGGAUUCUAAUACAGGGAAUUGGUGGGUUACUUAUAAUGAUCAGUUACCUCUUGGGUAUUUUCCUAAGGAAUUACUUCCUAAGAUGGAUCACUAUGCAAGCGCUAUUCAAAUGGGUGGACGUGUUUACUCUCACUUGAAUGUCCCAAGCCCUCCGAUGGGUAGUGGUCAUCCAAUUAAAGAAGGACGUACUAAAACUGCUUCUUUCAUUCAAGUUCAAUUUGUGGAUCAGAUGAAUAACUUGUACGGUUUGAAUCCGGAUUUUAUUGAUCCUGAGGCUGAUAUCGAAGAUUAUUAUAGUGUAGGAGGUUAUCGUUAUGUUGAUGAUAAAGAUAAAUGUAUUUUUAAUUAUGGAGGAGCUGGAGGUUUCAAAAAGUGA